ACACACACACACACACACACACAACGAUAAGUAUGUCAAAUAUCCUUCCUGCUUUGUUGUCAGUCAUCUGAAAUACACUAUAAACGAAGGAAAAUUUAAAUUUAUGUAAUUAUAAAAUGAUAUAUGGACUAAUUCCUUGAAUUAAUAACAUUAAAAUGCUCAAAAAAUUAGUUUUAUGCCGGUACUAUAUUUUUGACAGCCUCUAAAGCUCAAAACCGAGAUAUUAUAAGAGAUUUUGUGAUUAUAAUAAAAUAUAAGUGAUUUUUGACAUUUGAAUGUUUCUUAGCAGAAUUAACAUUGUAGCUGUUAUGCUAGACAAAUUUACACCAAAUAAUGUUUAAACCCUGCGUUAUAUUUUUCUUAACUACAAAUUUGAGUGAAACAUGUAAUAUUGACUGAAAGAAGACUUGCAUAAUCUUAUACUUGAUACUUUAAAAUAAUGCUUUUCAAUGUUUAAUAAAAUAAUAUGGUGUAUAGAAUGUUACAACACAUUUCGCAAUUUCAUCGUACGAUUCGAAGAAUCACAUAUGGCAGAUUUGUUCAAUGCGCUUGCACACAAUUGCAUACAAGUGCUUUAAAAUCUCUCACUUUUGGAGUUGUAAAUAUAUAAUAUUGAUUAGUGAAAAACCGUGUUGCAGGAAAAUGGGAUUGUUCAUAGAAAAUACGAUCAUGGAGUUCCUGUACGCGUCCCUUCUGAUAUUCUGGAUAAUAUACCUGUACUUCGUGAAGGACUACGGCUACUGGGAGGAGAGGAACGUUCCCCACGUGGCAGCGGUAUUCCCCUUCGGCUCCCUGAGCGAGGUGGUCCUGGGGACCGGCUACUGGGGCACGGCCCACGACAAGAUCUACAAGCAGUUCGAGCAAGAGCGUUAUGUCGGCCUCACACACAUCAGGAAACCCUGGCUGCUCGUCAGAGACCCGGAGCUGGUCAAGCGCAUCCUGCAGGACGACUUCUCCUACUUCAUGAACCGCUCCUUCUUCGAGGUCAACCCGAAGGAUUACAUGUCCAACCAUCUGUUCACGAUGAAAGGCACGGAAUGGAAGGAGAUGAGGAUGAAGUUGACACCCGCGUAUACGGCUGCCAAGAUGAAGAUGAUGUUCUGCCUCGUGAAGAAAUGUAGUGACGUUCUUCGCGGUGUCGUGAAAAACAUGACGGAGGAGAAUAACGUCCUCGACGUGAAAGAUCUCCUCUCGCGGUUCACGAUCGACAUAAUCUCCACGUGUGCCUUUGGUCUGGAGAGUGACUCUCUCACCAACAAGGACUCUGAGUUCUACAAGGUGGGAAAGAAGGCGAUGAACAUGGACACUCUGGUGCUACUGAAGCUCUAUGUCUACAGUGCGUUCCCGAUAUUCACAAAACUGCACUGCUUCGACUUCUGUGACUCCAAGGUCAAGGAGUUUUUGUCUGGAGUGGUCCAGUCGGCUGUCGAGUACAGGGAGAAGUAUAACGUGACCAGAUAUGACUUCCUGGACCUGUUGAUCAAAUUGAGGCAGAACCAGAGCAUCUUGGAGAAGGGCGAGAAGCCUGGAGGCGGCCAAAAUUCUUCCAAACCUGAGAAGAGAGAAGGAAUGACAAUCGAAGAAAUCACAGCGGAAACGUUCAUAUUUUUCGCUGCUGGCUACGAAACAACGUCGAACACUUCUCUGUUCUGUCUGUACGAGCUAGCGUGUAACAGCAGGAUACAGGACAAGGUCUACAGUGAGGUACAAGAGAUCCUGGACAGGUACGGGGGGGACAUAUCCUACCAGGCGCUGCAGGAGAUGACCUACAUGGACCAGGUCAUCAAUGAGUCGAUGCGACGAUAUCCUGUGCUCCCUGAGCUGUUCCGCGAGUGCACCAAGGACUACAAGAUACCCAAGUCGUCCCUUGAGAUCGAGAAGGAUUUGAAAGUCGUUAUCCCUGUGUACUCUCUGCACCACGACCCCAAGUAUUUCCCCGACCCCUACACCUUCGACCCUGACAGGUUCAGUCCGGACAACUGCAACAAACGACAUCCGUACGUGUACUUGCCUUUCGGCGAGGGUCCGAGGAAGUGUAUUGGACUGAGGUUUGGACUGAUGAAAGUGAAGACGGCUGUGGCCACCUUGGUCUUGGACUACCAGAUCAGUCUCACCCCGGAAACGGAAGUUCCUCUGGAGAUGAAGGGCAAUUCCUUCACGACUGUGCCUUCCUCGCCCUUGAUGUUGGUCUUCACUAAGCGGAAGGGAAACACAUGAUUUGUGUUCAAGUGAAUGAUACAUAAAUUGCCAUUUUGUUCUCCUAGCAAUUCUAGGGAGAAGGACUAAACCAACAACACUAGUUGUUAGUUGUGGAGUCUAGUGUUCCACAAAACUAACUUUUUUACUCUGUAAACUGUGAUAUUACCCAAGAAAUAUAGAAUUAGAUUUAAUUUAUUAAAUGUUACAGUAUUGUAUUGUAUAUACAACCACAUUAUUGAAUAAAAAAAUUCGUUCUGUUUAUAAGUUUUAA